AUGGAUUUUAACUUUAAAUUUCCAACCUUAGAUCUCCAAAUAUUAAUCCAUGAGUCUAACACUUCAAAUGGUAAAGAAGCUCUAAGAAAAUAUUUAAUAAACAAUUCUAUGCUGAAAACAUACCAGUCUUUGGUCAUUAAAAAUAUUAUACAGGAUAAUAAACAAGACAUAAAAUUAAUUAAAGAAACAAAACAAAAAAAAAUUGAUGAAUUGAUGGAAAUGAAAGACAAGGAUCCUGAAAACUCUUCAUAUGUUAAAUCUAUCGAUAUUCAGAUUGCAGAACUAUAUGCACAGUUUAUGGAUACAGAAAAAGCACUGGAAAUGUUAAAAAAUAUUUUGUUCGACGAAUCUUCGCUCAGUUUACAGAUGGAUAUUUAUUUAUGUAGAAUACGAAUGGGAAUGUUAAUUAAAGAUAAAAAACUUGUAGAAGAUAAUAUUCAUCUUGCUACUGAAUGUUGUGAAUUGGGAUGUGACUGGGACAGAAGAAAUAAAUUUAAGAUACAUAAAGCUAUUUAUAAUCUUAAACAAGGUAUUUUUAGUGAGACAGCACAAUUAUUUAGUGAGACCCUUCCUUCAUUUGAAACUAACGAAGCGGUUGAUUUUAAACAUGCAGUAGAAUAUUUUAUAUUUUCAGGUUUAUUAUCUUUUGAAAGAUCUGAUCUAAAAAAAUUACUAUUAGAAUGUUCUGAAGUCUUAGAAAUAGGAAGUUCUGAAGGAGUAAACUUAAUAAGAUCUAUGUAUGAAUGUAAUUAUUAUGAAUAUUUACCUAAUCUAUGUAAAUAUAUAGAAAGUGUUAAAAAUGAUUUCUAUUUACAAAACUUUCUAAAUUUUUUUUGUAGGGAAAUGAAAAUAAAAAUGUAUAAGCAAUUACUUAACAGUUAUCAAUCUUUAGAUUUAAAGAAUAUGGCUGAUGUAUUUGGGAUAAGUAGUGAAUAUCUUGAGGAUGAUUUAAAUGAUUUUAUUGUAGAAAGAAGAAUUAAUUGUAAAAUUGAUAAAGUAUCUUAUACAAUUAUAAUUAAUGAAGAGGAAUACGAUGGAUAUUCAGAAAUUAUCAAGGAAGGGGCGAGCUUGCUAAAAAUUAUUCAAAAUAAUAUCAAUUAA